AUGCUCCCAAAGCCGAAACGGCUAUGGCAGAGCCAGCAGCACGGCCUGGAGGGGUCUCAGAGUAUGCCCGUUGGGCCCUGGAUGAUAGCCAAGCAGAAGCAAGGGUACCAGGUCCCAUCCAAUGUUGGGUUGGGGCCUUCACCAACGCGGAAGCUGUAUGCUGUGACAGAAGCCUUGGACCCAAAGGGAAGCUGGAGUGCUGGGAUGAGACCUACACUUUCGAGGAAAGGCAAGCUUUUCGCGCUGGAGGGAAAGCUGGCUGCGGCAAACAGUGGCUUGCGGUGGUUUUCUCUGAUCGAGCAAUGCGUUCAGGAGCGAUUUUUCGACAAGCAGUUCAAGGUUUGCUUCUUCCGGGAUGCCCGACAGGGAUCCGUACACCUGGGAAGCUUCGAUGGCUGGGAGACCAGGGAGAUGGGAAGAAAAGUCCAGAAAGCCAUGCUAUUCACUGGAGGACAAAGGUGCCCUGCCGGGCCGCCACGGUCGCUGAAGGUUUGGCUAACCUGUUCGGGCCUCGUGGAGUUGCUGGACGUUUCUGAGACGUCUCUGUGCACCUAUGAGGCUGUCGCAAGCACACCGGGAGCCUGCGAACUCGAGGAUCUGCCAGGCAGCAGUCAGGAGGAGGUUCUCACGCCUUAUGAUGACCUGUCAGCCGCUACGGGGGGAUGA